AUGCGUCGCGUUCUUACGAUUUUGCUACUGGUCACAGGUGGCUUAUUUGAGCAUUUGACGGCUCCCGAUUUUAAUCAAGAUUUUGGCGGAAGUACUUCGGAAAUUCCGAUCAUUCAAGACUAUGAUUCUGCUGAAAUUCGUGACAUGGAGCAAAAGUUUCGAAUUUCAACAACAACAGAAUCCAUUGGUCGAACUCUCAUGAACAAUAUGACAGAUCUUGGCAACACUAUUGAAGACAUUUCGGAGUUCUCGGCAGAUUCAACGGAAAUCGAUAAAGACCUGGCGGCUGUUAGCGCUGUGGAGAGCUUGAAAAAUAGCAGCAAGUUUGUGACGGAGAAAACGAGUGGUGUUGGAAAUGUCGGACGAGAAGAAGCUCAAAAAGCCGAUCCGUUGGUGAAUUUGGAAGGAGAUGUCGCAACAACGCGAGUCUUCGAAACAGUCGUCUCGCAGCAGCCCUUGGAAAUGUUUCCGGACAUUCAUACUACACCUGUUACUCGUAGCGAACCUCCGACAAUAAAAUAUGUAACUACUUCUACUACAACGACGACAACUACUACUUCUACUACUACUACUCCUGCUACAGUAAACGAAAAAGAUCGGCUAGACGUUUCAAAUGUGCCUCAAAACGACGAUACCAACCGUCUUGUUGUGUUCGAGAAUACUUCAUUCGGAGAGGACGUCGAUCUCGAAAAUGCCCCGAAUGCUCUUAUUGAUGGAGAUACAGUGCGAAACACUGGAUUUCCAGCAACCACUGAGUCUACUACUACAACAAAUGUUGUAGGACUCCCAAUUCUUCCCACCCUUCCAUCAAUGUCGUUCACAGAAACAGUCAAAGUGGAAGCGUCUAAGAUCCGGAACAAAGGACUUGGUGUCUUUAGAAGGCAUCAUUAUCACAAUCGAUCAGAGAAAUUGAAGACAACGGUGCAAAUUUUGGAUUUGCUAGGAAAAAAGAUCGAAGGAAUCGACCAACAGCUGACACUGAGGACUCCAAAUACAUCGGUGCUUCGAAAUAUUCAUAAUAGAGGUGGGAUUCGACGCAGAACGAAACAGUGGGGAAGGUCUUCGGUUCGACCGGUUGGAAAGUUUCGCAAGAUUAUCGACGGUCACAGCAUGAAGGUGGUUGAUCAUCACAAUCGAGAUGAACAACGAAAGAGUUGGGGAGUUGUCAGUGGAAGAAGAAGACUGCGCACAGCGAGAUAUUCCUCGAAAAAAAUUGAGAAGCAAAGAAUUUAUCAGCCAACAGAAGCCGAAAAAAAAUUCGCAGAAGCCUUAUUUAGUGGUGAAGAAGAAUCGAUGAACAUGUUGAAGGAAACACUUCGACAAAUACGAGAGGUGAUGAAGAAGAAGACAAGAAAAUAUACAAAUUACACCCAUGUAUGUGCUAUUCUGCCUUAUCAAAAAUAUAUGCGGAUAAUGGAGUUUCUAAUAAUUAUACCAUUUGCACCAAUCGAAUAUCUUCGAAUCUCGUGGGCUCAUCGUGGCAAUAUUCUCGAAAGCAGUGCAUUCCUUCUGCUCACUUCGUUUCUCGCAAUUCCCAUUCUUUUAAUUACUAUAUAUUUGGCGUUUUUUCAAACCUAUGUCUUGCUAAUCGAAGAAAUCCUAUGCUACAUUCAAGCGAUAUUGGUGAUAUUCGAAACACUUUUAUCGUUUUCUCUAUCUAUCGCUUUUUCGUCGCCGUGA